AUGGAGGCGCAGGUCGCGGAGAUACAGCAACAUGGUCGCAUCACCUCCGAGGAGGAGGGCGGUUGCGACUCGGACAUACCGGCGACGGUGGUGGUCACGGAAGAGGACGCCGGCAACAACAAAUGCGAUGACGUCGUCAUCGGCGGGGCUCAACCGGGUAUUCGUGGCGGCCUCGUCGACAUGACGAUGACGUCGGAUUCUGAAGACUGCGCAGGCCCCCGCGUACCGCCUCGUCGACUCGUCGGCGCAGGCGACCACCACGCAGCUUGUCGAUCGGCGCCUGAUCGACGAGUUGGUCUGCGUGAGACAGGCCCGCGGAACUCGAUGGCGCCGCGACAUCACGACGAGCUGCGUCCAGCGCGGGCAGUCUUGUGGCCGGCGUUCCUACCGCCUUCGCACCGCAUCAAGAAAGAGCACCUCAUAAGAAUCAAGCGGGCCACGUGCGCGUCUGGAAACAGCGAAUCGAGCCCUCUGGCGGCGCUGGAGAAGGUCAAACUAUUACUGAUCACGUAUCACUGCACGAGUGCCGACGCUGCCCUGGCGCUCCUGGGCAGUGGGACCCUGCGGCGCAGCACAUCUGCACCUGAAGAGCUUGAGGGUCGCAGCAACUUCGAGCUGUGUCUGAUGGCCAUGAAGAACCCCGACGUACUCGACGGAGGCCAGGUGAAGGCUGGCGCAGUUGUUUUAGUGACCACCGCAGCGGUGCUGACCACCAAAGCCAAAGUGACGCCACGCCUGCGCCAGGCCGCCCUGGGCUUCGCCGUAACCGCUCCCCGUCGGACCAAGGGCCGCGCAGCACAGCGCUCUUGCGCGGCGUUCCGCGGCACCGCGAACGCAACGGUGUCGCCCGCGGACGGCCUCGGGAGGCUCGUCACCUUCGAGCGCCUCGUCCUGCACGCCGACGGCACGAGCUUGCAGCUCGGUCCUGGGUCCCUGCUGCGGUGCUUGGCGUCGGCGUUCGUCACGGGAGUCUCCCACAACUACCUGCUGCUGUCGAACGGCACGGAACUGCGCGUCACGCCCGCGGUGCUGGCAGGACUGCUGGUCGAGGCCGAGGACAUGUGCGCGCCGUUGGAGAACAAGUUCAACCUGCGCUCUCCCGGUCACCGCGUCGUACGCAUGCGCUACAUGUUCGACAGGUACGUCCAGCCGCUGACGACGCAGCCCGACGGCGGCGGCGUGCUGCUGCCGGAGUCGCACGUCGCUGCGUGGAUCCCGGGUGUGGGGUGGCUGCCAAUGGCGUUCCUGGCUGCAACGCACGAUAUCCCGAGAUGCUUGCAUCAGCAUAACGGUGCGAUGCGCGCGGUGGAGUGUUCCGAAGAACAGGCGAUGAACUCCGCCGGUACGGGCUACGCGGAUCAAGACCGCUCGGCCGCGACAGACAGCAACCCUGCAGCCACGCCCUUGGAUGGGUCGAUGGAGGUGGUUGCGCUGAGGGUGGUUGCGCGCAUGAACGGCGUCGUCGCGCGCGAGCGAGGCCUGUGCAUCAAGGCGCAACUGUGGCCGGCAACCAUCCCGGGCGAGCUGCGCGAGAGCCUGGAGUACCAGACGUGCCUGGCACUGGAGGAUGAUGAUGCACCUGCAACUCCCAGCUCGCCGCUUGGAUCGCGAGGUGACGCGAAACUCUGCCUGCUCGUGUACGAAUGUACCGAUGCAGACGCGCUUCGUGCCCUACUCGGCGGCGGGCUCCUGCAGCAUCUGAGAGCGCAGUACGCCAGCGUCAGCGCGGCCCACUGGAGGCGGAUGGACCCGCCCUGCCUCCAGCUGCUCCUGGAGGCCACGCACGACGUCGCCACAGCCACCCACGACGUGACAGCCCUGCAGAAAAUGCAGCAGAUCAAGGCACGGAGUGCUGCCCUGCGGAGAGACGCGGAGCGCGGCGUGCAAGAGGCCGCGCUGGAGUUCAGGGUCGUUGCUGCCAACACCCAGAGCACGCGCACUGCCGCCCCCGCGUCCCGUCAGCCCCGGCCGGCGUUCCGGUGCUGCGAGAUCGGGCGUCACCCGGUGGUGUGUCCCUGCCGCAGCCUGGAGGGUUUGGUGACGUUUGAAAGCGUGGUCCUGGACGAGGAUGGCGAGAUGCAGUUCGGGGACGGGUCGCUGCUGCGGUGUCUGGCUUCGGCGUGGAUUGAACGCUUCCCGCACAGGGAUCUGCUGGUGGACGGCGAAGGGGGUCUGCGCGUGACGCCGGCGCUGCUGGCGGGCUUACUCUGCGAGGUGGAGGUCAUGUGCACCCCGCUGGAGAACAUCGAACCAGAGACCCCCGGCAGCAGGUUGCUGCGCCUGCGCCGUAUGUUCGACACGUACGUCGUGCCGCUCAUGCAUCUCCCGGACGGCGGUGGCGUGCUUCUGCCGCCGUCACAGAUGGUGAGUUGGCUGGCGGGGGUUGGAUGCAUGCCGACGGCGUGUUGCGCUGCAUGGAAUGAUCUGCCGCACGGUUCCCGUCCUAGGAAGUCGCAAAAACCUGGGUCUCGGGCCACACGCAAGCGUGACCGCGAGCCGGGAGGAGCGGCACAGCAAGGGAGGCUGCAGCGCAGGUGA